UUCCUUGUUACCUUUAAGCAUGCAUGCUUUAUGUAUAUAUUUCAAUUAGAUUUAAGUUAAAUGCUUAACAAAUAACUUAAUGUAACAACUAUUACUCACUAGAGACGUGAAUUACGACAUGUUUAUUACAUUGUGGACCGCUUUCUAGCCACUUCCUGAAUACCGGACAAUACCUGUAUUUACCUCGCUAAUGUCUUAUCUCUCACUCUGGCAGGUCCAAUACGGUCAAAUAGAACACUACAGUGACAGAAAGUGUCUGAACAUGGCUUCAGAUGGUUCAAAACCUUCAUCAGGCUCAGCAGAGGACCAGAGAGAUGGAGAUGGGACCCUCCAGACACCCACCAGCCUGGCCGACACGCUGGAUCCACAAAAAGGAGCACCAACCGAGUCCAGUACAGAGUCUGAAAAACCGAACGAGGAACGAGCCAAGGUGUGCCAGUUUUUUAUGAUGUCAAAGUGUCACUUUGGCCACCGAUGCCGUUUAUCUCACAGCAACCCAUCACUGGAUGAUUCAGGGGCCAUACCUCCUGACAGGGAUGACAAACAGGAUGGAGAGAAGAUGGAAAAACAUAAGAAGAAAAAAGGAAGUGCAAACAAAGCUGCAAAGCCAAAACAUGAUGAAGAAAGCGAGGUGAACAAAAAGCCCCGUAUGCGCACGGCGGAUGACGUGAUCUCUCGGAUCCUGUGGGACCCAUCGGUGGACGCAUCGGAAUUUAUAGUGGGCUAUGUGGAUCGCUUCCUUGGUGUGCUGGAACGGCCCUUCUGUGACUUCAACUGGGAAAUCAACCCUCGUGACUGUGAUUACUCUGUUGAGUUAGCCCUGCCCAGACACAGGAUCCAGUACUUCUCCCACAGAGGACACCGCGUCUGGGAUCGCCACAGCAGGACUGACAGGGUUUUUGGCUCCACCGGUCAAUCUCUGGCUCCCCCCUUUGGAAGGGAGGAGGAAUUAAAGGAAGAAAUAAACCGAGAGCAAGAGCAGGCAGCUGCUGUUGGUGGGCGGGACGUGGGUGAAACAGAGGACUGUGCUCACAGCGAGGACACACAUCUGGAGGAAGACGAGAUGAAUGAGAAUAUUAUUAACACCUGUGGCUCCACAAAUGCCACUCCGGAGUGUGGAGGAAAUGCCUCUGAGAAGCCUCACCGAGCACAUGUUGCAGAGGAGGCUGCGGAUAGACAUGAGGCUCCAACAGAGCAAAGCUCAGCACAGCAAGAUGAUUCAGCUGGAGAAUAUGCAGGUGAAGAGGAAACAUGGGCCGAAUGGGAGGAGACCUUGGAGGGCAAAAAAAGCACUCUGAUGAGCCAGAAUCCAGCUCUGGAGCAGGUAGAGGAGAAACGAGAUGGACGCCCCCCUAAAAAAUCACCAACACACUUCGUCACCUUUAGGGCCAACACUCCUGCCAUCCUCUCCUGCUUCCAGCAGCUGCAGGAGGAGCUCACCGCCCUCCUGCCCUCCUCUGCUCCUCACUGGCAUAAAGCCUCCAAGCUCCACAUCACCCUGUGCCUCCUGGUGCUUUCCGGCCCAGCUCAGGUGGCGGCCGCCGGGGAGAUCCUCCGCCAGUUCGCCCAUUUGGAUCGCAACCCGCCCGUGGCUGUGAACUUUCCCGUGAAGCUGAAGCAUUUCGGGGGCAAAGUGCUGUACUUGGACCCCCAACCUCAGCUUCGCCUUCAGGAGCUUAACAGCGGCCUGCAGGAGGCUUACAGGAGCGAGGGCCUGCUCCACAGACACUCCUACAACCCACGCUACCACCUCACUCUGGCCAAGGUAGAGGGCGCAGAUGGGGAGAGGAUUUUUGAAGGGGUGGGGGACCUGAAAGUGGGGAAAGGGUUGAAUUUUGGCCGUCUGCCAGUUAAUACUUUACACCUUUGUGCCAUGGGUGGCUCCAGAGUCGAAGACUUUUAUGAAACUUUGUGUACUGUAAGUCUUCGAUGAUGAAGUCAUGCAAACAUACAUACAUGCAGGUUUACUGCUGUCAAUCAAUAAACAAGCCUGAUACAAAAGAUGCAUCCAUUUAAACACGGCUCUCUCAGAUCUUCUGUCCAUUUCCUGGCAUUCUUUGAUGGAUGCAUUAAAGCUGGAGCUGAGAUGAGAAGUUAGUAGACAUUUUCAGGGUCUGCGUCAGUCAGCCAGGUUACAUUAAGCACAACAACUCUCAAAAUGUUUCCCAAAGCCAUAAAAUAAGACAACAACAAAAAAAUCAGUAAUCUGAAUAAUUGUGAAAGGGUUAAAAACUGUCUGGCCGGAGGACAGAAUUUAUGCUUGUCUUCUACUUGGCUGUCUUUGUAUUUGAUAAGCCAAUCUAGAUGAUUUGGGUCAGCUUCAAUCUGUUGCCUUUUUUACCUUUUGCCUGUUCACCACAACACAAAUGCUGCACGUGCACACACUACAGAGACAUAGGGAACAUGAAUUUCUGAUGAGGCCAACCGCUUUUGCUCUUGUUUUGUUUUGAAUAGUUUCUGUUGUAAAGCUGAAGCUCUUUGCAGGUCCUCGCUCCACGAUUUAUGCAAUCAGCUUUAUAUGAAUGUUGUAUGCUCCCUAAGAAUGAUCACGUAGUAUUCUAUUUCAAAUUAUUUUAAGCUCCAGUUUGCCUUAGAGAUUAAAUAUUGAAUUGCCUCUCUUAGGUUUUGUGAGUGGUGAUAUUUUACCCGUGCUGUGAUGGAUGCUGCCGAUGCUGUGCUCUAACACAGACACACGGAGGCUGUGUAAACGCUCCCUGAGCCCAACUCGUGCAUGCAUAAUGUGAUUUUCUGUCUUCUUCCCCAUUUUCCUCUCAGAUACAUACACACUUAUACAUUAAGCACGGGCUAUAUGAGUCAGUGAGUGUGCUCCCUGGUUCUCCACUGUUUGCUCUCUCGCUCGCAUUAUCUCCCUUCCCCCACUCUCUUUUCAGUGACACAGAAAAACCAACGCCACCCCCUCCCUCUCCUCUAGCUUGCCUUUGCCCCCCUUUCUCUGACAGCAAGACAAACACUGUGCUCUUUUUACUCCAGCUCGCUGUGGUUCUCCACUGUGUUUUCAGUUUGCGCUUCUCUGUCCAGUCCCUCAGACAGCAUCUCCAUCACCGUGCACUUGUCACCUCUGUCUAGUUGUUGCAUGCGCUUUGCUGCUUGCCUGUCACCGAAUAGGUGUUGAUGCUGUCCCGCAGCCUCCACUGAAAACAGCCUUUGCCUGCAGACCCGUUGCACACUGUCCCCCCCCCUCUCUAUUCAUUGUUCCCUCCAUCUCGCUCCCACCCAACUCUUUCUCUCAGCAUCACUCCCUGGGAACCCAUUUUUUUCCACCUCAGUGUUUCACAUUGCCAUUCUCUGCAUCCC